UCAACUGAACCCAUUUGCAGUAGCUGGUCUGUGUGUUUUGUGCCAAAGAAUAGCCCUCCAAAAAAGGCCUCCCAAGAACACUACCGUUCGCACAUAGCAGGCUGCGGGAUACUGGCCUCUUGGAGUAUAUAGCUUUUCUGGUCCGCUACCCAUCAGCCACUUGCUUUCCAAUGAUGACAUUCACUUUAGAAAACGACUUGGAUGAGUUCAGUACUCGGUAUUGGGAAUGUUGUCAGGAAGUGAUCACAAAACAAACGCGUGUUGGGAUGCUCGUGUCGCGUCUUUCGUCUCCGCUACCCGUGACUGAGAGUGGAGAUUCAGCGUCAAAAUCCACAAGCUCGGCCUCCGACUCCAAAAACGAAGCCCAUGACACAGGCUUGAAACACCUUCUUACAAGCGUCCAGUCUUCGCCCAAAAGAUUGCGCGUGGAAACUCAUGGGCUGAAAGGAGAAACCCCAUCCAAAUCCGGCGAGAGUGUAUCGGCUCUGAACCCACUGGCGGGAGAUACGUCAUGGAGGCCCUCACCAGCAGGUAAGCUAUUACCCGCAAAUCCCCGGCCAAGACCCUGUAAAAUGCUGACUUCCCGGCUCAAGAGUAUCGGAAAUCCGUUUUAUAAGCAACGCAACAAGGACACGUCUCUGAGCUCGACGCUGCGAUAGCACAUCCGUUGAUUUUCUUCUCUUGAGGAAAAAGGCUGCUUGGAACAUGUGUACCAACCCUGUGCUAGAUUUUCCCCGCUCACGCCCCGGAGUCUGUUGCUGUUGUUCUCGAGGGGCCACAUCUUUGUAUCAAUUGUUCUCA